UUUGUCUAGUUGCACAAGCCCUACAUCUAAGGACCCCUUCCCUUAUAGGCGUAUCACUUUUGAGUGCUGCCGUGCUGGGAAGUCUCGAUCUAGAGGAAACGGCAUCCGAAACAAGCAGAGGUAUCUUGCGACAGGAUGCCUAUGCAAGGUGUCAGUUUCUUUAAUUGUGGAACCGAUGCCUCAUUAUAAAGUUCACAGCAUGGUAGAGGGCCACAACCAUCCCGAAGGGCCAGGGUUCGAAAUGUGGUAUCCGCAGAACAGGCUCCUAAACAAGGCUGAAAAGAAAGAAUUUGAAGACGUCCUUUCAUGCAAUGUUAAACCAAAGGAUUUGAAAGAGUUGGUAUUUAAAAAGACUGGAAAGCAUAUUACAUCGCAAGACGUUAGGAAUGUAAAGCAUGAAAAUGUGAGGAAAAUCGAGAAUAGUCUGCAUCAUGGUUCUCUCUUGUUAAAGCAAAUGGAAGAUUUAGUUAAAAAAUGUCCUGGUUGGAUUGUACACAUUGAAAAGGAUUCUAGCAAUCAGCUUUUGUUUGUAUUAUUUCAGUCUAACUUAAUGAGGCAGUUCACAGAAAAUUAUUCAGAGGUAUUAUUUUUCGAUGGCACUUACAAGGUUAAUAUUGAAGGUUAUAUUCUUCAUUCAGUACUCUGCGAGGACAGCACAAGCCAUGGGAGACCGAUCUGUUACAUGUUUGUGCAGCGGGAGACUAAAGAAAUUCUUCAAGCAGCUAUAGCGAAGUUCCUCGAUUUAAAUCCUGCUGUGGUGUCGAAUUGUAAUGUAGCGGUGAUGGAUAAGGACCUUAAUGAAAUGAAUAUUCUUGCACAGCUGCUACCAAAUUGUAGAAUUUUGCUAUGCUCUUGGCAUGUGGUAAAGUAUCUGCACCAAAGAGUUUCGCAACUUUGUUCUAGCAGAGUCGACAAGCAAGCCGUUAAGUCUCUCAUAUCAAAGCUAGUUUUCUCUUAUGAUGACAAUACUUACCAGGAACUCUUGGAAGAGCUUGAAAAUGAAAUGCAAAAGGAGCUUGAAAGUGAAAAGCAAAAAAAGUCCAGCUUUCUUGAGUUUUAUUAUAAAAAUUGGCACGACUGUAGGGAGAUGUGGGUGCAUGCAUACCGUCGUAACAUCUAUACCUUUGGGAAUAACACUAACAACAGAAUGGAAAGCCACAAUCAAAAGAUAAAGCAGUUUAUGCACCAGCGUAUGCAUUUAGUUGAUGCUGUCAAAGCCUUGGUUCAAUAUGUAAACCAUGAUACUUUAUCUGUUAGCUUUGCACAAUUCCAAGAAACCAUGCUGUGCCUUGACACACGAAAAAUUGAUGCAUUUCAUAUUCAGGUAUCUACCAACUGUACAGGAUAUGCUAGCAACUUAAUUUAUAAGGAGUAUGAAUCUUACUCAAAUGGAAAUCUUGCAUAUUGUAUGAAUAAUGGACAGCAUACAGUCAAUAGUAAAAGUAAUUGUUACAUUGUUUCACAGGAUUUAACUGCCUGUACAUGCACAUUCCAAAAUCAGUUCCGGCUUCCUUGUAGACAUAUCUUUGCUGUUAGAUCUAAUCUUUCAGUGGAUCUUUUCGAUGUCAAAUGUGUUGCAUUUCGGUGGUUAAAGUCUGGCUUUGUUGAAACUGAUGUAGAUACUGCACAGGCAGUAGCGCAAAAAAUUAGUUUGAAUGUAUCAACGAAAGGAAAUCCCAAACUGGACACGACGGAAUCAAAGUAUAAUUACGCUUUAAGUGAGCUCUCGGAAUCAUGCAAAAGCAUAGCAAACACUUUGGCAUGCUGUGGUAAAUCUGAGCUGCUGGAAAAGUUAUCUGAAAUAAAGAGUUUUUUUAAUAACCUGAUAACCUAUCCUAGGAAUAAGACUUCCAAAACAGUAUUCAAUCAAGAUGAACAGCAGGAUUUGAAGCAGGCUCAUUGCAAGGAUGAAGAUGAGCUAAAUGAAGAAGGGUCAUUUGGUAGUGAGGAUGGCAUUGUAGAGAGCCCUGCUAGUAUUCCAAGCAUUAAAAGGGAGGAAAUUUGCGAUUCGAGCACUGUUGAGCGUACGCAAUUAAAGCAGCAUUUUGUGGACCACAAUUAUUGCAAAAGUUUAGACAUGAAUACAAACUCUUCAGACAUAAUUACUCUGUCUCCAGAACCGGAAUUUCAUAAUGAAAGAAAACGUGCUGAAGUUUCACAUACUGUUGUAGAUCUGACCUGUGAUGAAGUAUUGGAUAAAGACGUAUUGAUUGUUCCAUUGAAUAAGUCUCCUCGUGGUAGGCCCAGUAAAAGAAAGCGCCAACCAACUCCCUCCAACAAGGCCAACACAAUCGAUAUCAAAAGCAUAAUACUGCUGAGAUGA